CAAAACAGUGGAUUACGCCGUGUUCCCGUUCGCUCGGGGCUCGAGAGUCCAGAAUAAUCUUUCUGUGCACAGAAUAGGAGAGAGGAGGGGGGAGAGGGAACACCUCCGAGUUGAACGUUGUCUGACUCACGUACCCUUACAAACAAACUGCAAGCUUUAUUGACACUUUUCUUCGACUCAACUUGAUAAAAGACGUCAACAACGCGAGGAGACGCGGGGACACAUCGCGGCGCGUGUGCUGUGCAACUUAAAAGCUCGAGUGACGAGCCUUCUGUCGACAAACAGGAGACGUGCAGCACGGCAGAGCAUUGUAGGAUUUCAAGCGUCGACUAUUUGUAAACACGGACUGCUGUGGGACAGUCAAGCUGUGGGGUUUUGUCCAGAAAGAGCACCGCGGGUGUGUGACAAGCCUUGGUAAUCUAAGAAGGGGGCACCAAUGGCCCACCGUGUGCACGAGCACCGCCAGGGCCGCAUGCCUGUGGCCCAAACCACCGUGCUGACCCUCCCACCGUCCAGCCAAGCAAAGGACCUGAGACCCAGAUUGACCCCUCUGGACUCUCUGCUGUGUGGAGCAUUCGCUGGAGCUGUGGCCAAAACCGUCAUUGCACCUCUGGACCGCACCAAGAUCAUUUUUCAAGUGUCUUCAAAGAGGUUCUCGGCAAAGGAGGCCUUCAGGGUGAUCUACUGCACGUACAUGAAGGAUGGAUUCCUCAGUCUGUGGAGGGGGAACUCUGCCACCAUGGUGCGGGUCAUGCCCUACGCUGCCAUCCAGUUUUGCUCACACGAGCAAUACAAGAAACUCCUGGGGGGCUACUAUGGCUUCCAGGGCAAAGCGCUGCCUCCUUUCCCACGGCUACUGGCGGGUUCUCUGGCCGGUACGACCGCCGCCAUGCUAACUUACCCCUUGGACAUGGUCCGAGCCAGGAUGGCUGUCACUGCUAAAGAAAUGUACAGUAACAUCAUGCAUGUCUUUGUACGCAUCUCCCAAGAAGAAGGUGUAAAGACACUGUAUAAAGGUUUCACUCCCACCAUCUUGGGUGUUAUCCCAUACGCAGGGAUCACGUUUUUUACCUAUGAGACCCUCAAAAAGCUCCACGCAGACAAGACGAAGCGAUCUCAGCCUUACCCUUACGAGCGCUUAGCGUUUGGAGCCUGUGCGGGCCUGAUUGGACAGUCGGCUUCGUACCCUCUGGAUGUUGUGCGCCGGCGCAUGCAGACAGCCGGCGUGAUCGGCUCCUCCUACACUACCAUCCUGGGGACCAUGCGCGAGAUUGUGAAGCAGGAAGGCAUCAGGCGUGGACUGUACAAAGGCCUGAGCAUGAACUGGGUGAAAGGGCCCAUCGCAGUGGGAAUUAGCUUCACCACGUUUGAUGUUACGCACAACUUGCUGCUGAAGCUGCACCAGAUGGGCUACUCCAUCCACUGAGCCAGGUGGGUGGGGCUGAAGAACGGUAACGGAGGGAAAGUACAGAUGCGACCUGCAUGAGGAAAGGGAGCGGAGCCCGUUUCGUGGCUGUGACGAGCCUCUGCUCUGUGCAGGACCGUCCCCACAGCUCACUCCUGUUUCCUACAGAGGAUGUC